UUCAACUGCCGACGUUCGAAACGCGGCUGUACUUCGCACCUGCCGUAAUACCGAAAUACACCCGCGACUAAAACCGUGAUAAAAGCGGACUGAACUGUCAGCUCUCUGCAUUGAUAUAAAGAGUCUCAGUCUCGCAUACAGAAACAGUGUACGCCCACUUAGGCCCACGACAUCCGUAAUACAAACAAGAGCAACACCAUCGCAAUGCACUUCACACUCUACCUCACCGCGCUCGCGGCGCCACUUGCUACCCUCGCUGCGCCAGCAGACAUUAGUAAAGCCUUGGUCGAGCGACAGACAGCCCUGGUGAAGCCUCCACCAUGUAUCCGCGACCUCUCCACCACAGCAUUGCAGACCGAGGAGCGCUCCUGCGCAUUCGCGCGCGCCUUCAUCUACACCCAGAACAUCACCGAAGCAUUCACAUACAUCGUCUCGGACUACAUUAACCACAACCCCCUCGCCAAAAACGGAUCAGAUUCGGCCUGGGGUAUCUUAUCGCCCAUUUGGGCAAGUCAGAACAUCACGCCUCUGAGAACGACUUUCCAGGGUACUCAGAGUUGGUUGGAGUAUGACAAUGCGGCUUUUGGGAAGGUUGUAGAUCGGUUUCGGUGGGAGGGUGGGUGUAUUGCUGAGCAUUGGGAUCAAGGAGAGGUAUUUCCGAGUACAAAGUUUUAACUGUAGCGAUCUUGGAGGAGUACGAUAAGAUAAAAGCUGGAAGUGAGCUGCAUUGAACUCUUUUGCAUCUAGACACUGCAAUUUAUAGGCGGGGACGGAGAGACAUUUGAGGAAUGCUGAUGUGCGUAUACAUUUAAGAAAAAUGGUGAAUUUAAGGUUUCAAAAUCACGUUACACUGCAUUUGACCGGCCGAAGCUCUCAGCUGUCUGCUACGCCAGAAACUUCGGAGUUACUCAGUACUGUGCCUUGGCAGCGCUUGAGAAGUAGACGGU